AUGCUUCUAGCCUUUCGAUUCUACGUGUUUUUGUUAUGUAUCCGAAUUACUGAACUAUGUCAGCCUAAAAAGGCUGAAGUGACUCCUGAGGUACCGACUCCUCCUAAGAUACCGACUCCUCCUGAGGCCCAACAGGAAGACUCGCUGUGUUACGCAUGUAGUAACUUCCUUAGUCAAUUUCAAAAAUCUGUGCCAGUUAAAGUGGAAGCAGUGCUGAAUGGAACCCGAGAUUUUGCUCGAUCAUACAUACCCUACUACAGCAACGUAGGGGGUUACGUAGAUGAUUUUGCUAUCAGAACUACUCGUGGAUUUGUGGAAUUACUUUGUGGAACAAUUCAUCCACGGUGGUUAUGUACACAAUUUUUGAUGUGUUAA